UGGGGAAGUGUUGUACAGAAAAAGCUGUCAGCAGAAAGGCAAGGAGCAGGGCGGAAGGAGUGAAAGAAAGGACAAUGUCUGAGCUAGACAAACACGGUCAUGCAUAGGACUGGUGCGGUCACUGGAAGGACCCAGGAAGGAACCCAAGUGCUGGUAGCCGAGGUCAUCAGGUCAAUGCCCCUGCCGCUUGGCCGAGAGGCCCCAGGCCAGAACAAGGCCUUUCCUGGAAGCAGUGGCUGGUUGCGGAGCCGGAGCCCCCUAGCCUCCCUCCUGUGCCCUGUCCCCGCCCCCGUUCCCGGACCGCCCUCGGCCCCGCCUCCAGGGCGGGCUCCGGACGGACCGGCGCCGCCUCCCCUCCUCCCAACCAGCCGGGCCUCACAGCCCCGAGCCGCCCGAGCCGCCCGGGCAACGAGCGCCGCGUCUCCGGCCCGCCCGGCCGGCCAGGCUCGGCCCCCACGCCUGGGUCUCCUGCCCCGGGCCAUGGAGCCUCGGCCACCAGGGCCCCGCAGGAUGGACCCUGUUCAGAAAGCUGUGCUUUCCCACACAUUUGGAGGACCCUUGCUCAAGACCAAGCGGCCAGUCAUUUCCUGUAAUGUCUGUCAAAUCCGAUUCAAUUCUCAGAGCCAGGCUGAGGCGCACUACAAGGGUAAUCGCCAUGCCCGAAGAGUCAAAGGCAUCGAAGCUGCCAAAACCCGAGGCAGGGAGCCUAGUGUCCGGGAAUCAGGAGAUCCAGCUCCAGCAGGCAGCACCCCUCCAAGUGGGGAUGGUGCAGCCCCUCGUCCAGUUUCCAUGGAGAAUGGCCUGGGUCCAACCCCAGGAUCCCCAGAGAAACAGCCUGGCUCCCCAUCCCCUCCCAGUGUUCCAGAGUCUGGACAGGGUGUAACCAAGGGAGAAGGGGGAACUUCAGUCCCAGCUUCCCUGCCUGGGGGUAGCAAGGAAGAGGAAGAGAAGGCUAAGCGUCUACUCUACUGUGCACUGUGCAAGGUGGCUGUGAACUCCCUGUCCCAGCUUGAGGCACAUAACAAAGGUACUAAGCACAAGACAAUUUUGGAGGCCCGAAGUGGGCUGGGACCCAUCAAAGCUUACCCUCGGUUGGGGCCUCCCACUCCUGGGGAACCAGAGGCUCCUGCCCAGGACCGAACCUUCCACUGUGAGAUCUGCAAUGUCAAGGUCAAUUCGGAGGUCCAGCUGAAACAGCACAUCUCCAGCAGGAGGCACCGAGAUGGCGUGGCUGGGAAGCCCAACCCUCUACUGAGCCGGCACAAGAAGCCUAGGGGCGCUGCAGAGCUGGCGGGCACGCUGACUUUCUCGAAGGAGCUGCCCAAGUCCCUGGCCAGUGGCCUGCUCCCCAGCCCCCUAGCGGUGGCUGCGGUGAUGGCCGCUGCAGCAGGCUCUCCGCUGUCCCUGCGCCCAGCUCCAGCUGCACCUCUUCUGCAGGGACCACCGAUCACACACCCUCUACUUCACCCUGCCCCAGGACCUAUCCGAACCGCGCACGGACCCAUCCUCUUCUCCCCCUACUGACCUCAACCCUGAACCCCUCCCAUUGAAUCCCCCACCUCCAGCCGGGACCCAGGUCUCCGGGCUCCCAGCCCGCCCCUCUUCCCGGAACUCCCUGAAUGGUCUCUCCUUCCCCCCCACCCCGAGGUACGGGGUUCCAGGAAAGGGGAGGGGUAGUGGGGGAGGGGGGCUUCAGAAGGGGGGGAACACCCCAGAUCUCAGGGAACCCCGCCCCCUGCCCUUCCUUCUCCCCUAGAAAAAGAGGGGGGCCGUCUCACCCCUGAGCCCCCUCAGAGACACCCCCUCCCAAAAGCCAUGUCCAUCCAACCCUUCCCUUCCAAACCUAGCACAAAACGGGGUUCACAAGCCAUGGUCGGGGCCCGGGGGGAGAACAUGGAUUUUCUUGGCAAUAAGCGGACUCUGGGACUCCGGCUCCCCUACCCCAAACUAAAGCGCUUCCGUGAACAACCCCGUCCUCCGCAGGGGGAGGGGAACAGGCGGGAUCCUGGGUCCCUCGUAAGCACUUUGGUUUUACCGCCUGCAACCUCACUGUGCCCGCCCCGCACCAUGCCCCAGCCCCAGGUCCAGUCGGGCCCAUCGCAGGGGGCAGCACUUGGGGGCAUCUCAGGCACUUGGGUGGGACCAAGGAGAUGCCCUCAUAGACCCUUCCCUCGCCUUCUUCCUCCCCGGUCCGGGUUCCAUUCUUUUCACCAGCACCCAUCGCCCAAGGGGUACCAAGGGGGGCAAGGGGUGUCCAGUCCAAGCCCACCCCCGCCUCGCCUUCCGCAAAACUGUGAGCAAAAAGCAAUAGAAGCCUCGCCCCCGCCCCGGCCCGGCCCUUUCCGCAGGAUUUGCCGUCUGUAGCCUCCCCAUUCCAGUUCCUAGACCUCAUGGCUGCCCCCUCCCUUGACACCUCCUCUGCACAACUCGGGCGGGGGCGUGACCCCCAACCCGUUCCUUCUGUGGUUUCUGUGUUGUCAGCCCUUCCAGCCGGUGACCCGGGAUGGGGACCGGCCCCCACUGGCCCUCCCCUCCCCAUGGACUUUCUGCUUGACAAUGUAGCAAACCUCCUCCCUCUUUCUCUCUCCUUGACAAUAAAGUCUGGAUUUGUUCUGCCCUCCUG